AGUACGGGUAUGGCCGUGUCGUCGUAGUUAUCAACACUGGUUUUAUAGAUACCAUGAUGAUACAACGGGUAAUGACACCCGUACAGUGUAGCCGCGUCUGCAUUUGUACAUUUAACAGGCUAUAUCUGUAUUCGCUACAGGUAGUAGUCCUGCCGGUGGCAUUUUCUGCGUUGUCAGUUAUGGAGAGAAACGUGUAGCGUCUGUUAAUAGCAAAGAGUUUUUUAAAGUUACAAUCAUUUCCAGUGAGUUUUCAAGUGAGCAUCACUGCACGCGUGGUCUGACGAUCUAAAAUAUAUACAGGUACAAGUGUAAAUGCAUGCACGAUAUAAAUAUAGUACGUGAAUUUAGAUAUGUAGAUCUUCACGUGAGUGUGUGUCAUCAAAUACAGCGGUAGAGAAGAACUAGUUUAGAUUUUGGAUCAAGCGUUAUGGACUGAAUGUAGAACAAAACAAAAUACAAUUCCAAAGGGGUUUGGAUAAUCUUCUUAGCUCGACCGACGCCCAAAAUUAACUGAACUUUCUGCAUAAAAAGAACUACAAAAAUGCCAUGUGGGACUUUUGCAGUCGUCACAUAUUCGGCCGCUAUCAUUUCUAGCGUCCUGUCUUGGAUCGGCUGUGUUCUUAUAUUUGUGGCAUGGUUUCUGUGUAAAGACACGGGGUCUAGCAGCAGACGAUUUCUGUUGUUUCUUACUUUGGCGGACUUUUUAGUGGCUGUCGGGAAUUUCAUGGGCGCGAGCGCGUCUCUGCUAGGAAAAUACAACACCAUUGACCAACAAGAUGAAGACUGUGACGUAGAUAUAGUUAACAACACGUGUAUAAUUCAAAGCUUUAUGUCGACAUACGCGUCGCUGGCGUCUUUUUUCUGGAACUGCUUUGUCGCGUUAAAGGUACGCCAGGCGAUUCUGAAGACAGAUACUGUCCAGAGCUGGUUGGACAGACGAGAGUGGCCGGCACACGUGGUCAGCUGGGGGAUACCGCUGGUGAUUACCUACCCUCUCCUUGCCACAGGGAACCUUGGGGAGGAUCUUGCCAGCAUCACCAACGGCUCCUCUAUAGCCAGUGGAGGCUGGUGCUGGAUACGGUCCAGUGACUGCGACCUACAGUCCCUACACGGACAAUCCCCAAGAUGGCCGCUGGUCAUUUUCAUGAUGACGAUCUCAGGCAAAGGCUGGGAGAUCUUGGCCUACGUGUUCAUACCAGUCGUUUACUUUCAGAUGAAGUCAAAGUUAAAGCGAACGAUCCGUCACACAACAAAACUGUACAUUAACAAGAACACCAUUGAGGCCGUAAAGAGAGCCGACAGGGUGAUGACUCUGGUACCCCUCCUCUUCCUGUGUCUCAGGAUAUGGGGGACCAUACGAUUUGUGGCCAAUACUAUUGUGUGGGUGACACCUGGUAACACCAGCGCCACCUAUGAGAUUGUUGUCAACCAUAUAUUUUGGUUGUUGCAGGCCAUAGGUGACAGUGGGCAAGGGUUUGUCAACUGCAUCAUCUACUGCUUCAUGACGACCUCGAUACGACAAAAGCUUCUGGACCGCCUGUACUGCCGCGGCGACAAGUCACCCGAGAAACUGACAGAGCUCGAACCAGGUGACAGCUUUGCUGCGGACAAACCAGAACCCGAACCCGAUAACAUACACAAACUGGAUUCAUCGGAUAAGGACAAAAUAUCGAAUUCUACUGAGAAAGGCUCCGGUCACAGUGAACAGUCGCCUUUGUUACAAAGACCCUUAUGACUAGCAUUAAGACGGAGGCGAA